UCAUAUGUUAGCUUUCAUUCUUUAUCACAAUUUGUAUAACAGAACCCUUUUCUUUUUCUUUUCUAAUUAUCAUUAUAAAUCUACCUUAAUACUACACUUUUGAACACCUACACUCUCGCUAGCCAUGCCUACUCUUUUUUACACGUUUUGUGAACGCACUCUACGCUUUUCCAAUAAAAGCCAUGUUGUUGUAUCGUUCGCUAUCGAAAUAAAGAUUGAGUACAUUGAACCUGAUAUCUCGUUAUUUGGAGUGAAUCUAUACGGUCACCUUCUAACACUCAGAAGCAGGGGCUUUUCUUUAUAUUUUCAUCUCUCGUCUUGGACUACGAGAACUAGUCGACUAGGGAGAAGAAGUGGAAAAAUUUUAAUGGCGGAAGCCGAACCCAUCACGAGGCACGAGGCGUUUUGAGCCGCCAAUAAUCACACGGAGUCCACGGUUAUUAUACUUUAUAAAACAAAAUAGCCUGCAUACCCAUAUUUACAAGAAGAGAACAUUGAUCUCUCAUAAGAGGAGAAAGAAUCCCUUAACGAACUGCAACUAUUUGACUCUCGACAAAUUUGAAUGCCGUUUCUGAUACAUUGGAUAUUUUCUACAUAUUUUUACAAAAUGAGCUAUGAAAAGAAAAAAUAUGCGGUGGUUAAAUUUUUAUGUGAUUCUUCGUAUUCCGAAAUUCUGACGGCAUGGUUGUUUCAAGAAAAGAAUAUUCAAUAUUGUUGGUGGCCACCUCGAACGGCAAACAGUGCAACAUUAAUAUUGAACUGCGAAAGUCCUGAUUUUUCUUCAUGGAAACAUUACGAAGUGGACAUCAUAAAACAUUGCACAACUAUUGAGUCAGCUCGUAAAUGUGCAGCAGAUUCUAAUUACGAAACAACCGAUGAAGAACGACUCGGCCGAGGAAAGCGGCAACCAGUAUUAAACAGUCGUUUUGCGAACAGCGACAGUGAAGACGAGGAUUUCCGUCAACCUCCAAAAUAUAUCACAAAAAAACAAAUAAAUAAAAACUGCGCAUUUAACAAGAACAAUAUUGGCCAGGCACCACCGCCAGCUCCUUCAAACUUGAAUUUUAUGGUUCAAAUUGCAGAAGAAAAAGACACAGUGAUGGAAGACGAGGAGAAUGAACGUCCUAAUAUUUUUAAUGCACCAAUAAUAAUAGAUAACACUCCCAUGGAAAACGUAGAAGACGUAUUUAAUGUAAAUGUUGACAUACAACAAAUGUUGCGUAUGCAAGCAGCAUCGAAUGUUACUCAAAGACAGAUACUACAACGAUUAGUAAAAAUAGAAAACGCGUUGAAACACCGCGCGUUAAGUCCUAAUAAAAUUAAGGACGAUCUUAUAAAACCAUAUUUACCGUUAACAACAGUUGCAGUCGUGAAGGAAUUUGAUGCGUUAUUGAAAGCAUCAGAUGAUGCUGUGAUACAGUUUAAAGAGUUUUUAUCAAAAACGGGUGGUAAUAACGCCAGAGAUAACAUUCUUCGUAUUCUUAAAAAAACAUUUACAAAUCAAUGCUCCAUAAGAUGUUCCUGGAAAGGACUGCGACAAAAUUUUUAAGUUUCAAACUUACAUCUCAUACAAAUUAUAAAAAAAGAGGUAAUACUACGUUACGCGACGUUCACUGAAGCAGAAUUUGAAAACGUUGUUGCAGAGUGGCUACGCUUUGCGAAACAACGAAAUGAUAGAGAACGAGCAAAGGAAAAUAUUGAGGUCGAAAAUGUUGUCAGAAAUGUUGAAAAUAAUUAGAAUUAAAUGUUCAAAAUAAAAGUUCAAAUUAAAAGUUCCUAUAUUAGAAUUGUGAAAAAAAAAGUUUGUAGCGUUUUACUCUAAGAAAAAUAUAUGAAUUUUACUAAAAAAAAGUUUUUUUGUAAAACGCUACGAACUUUUAAUCACCCAAUAUUAAAUAUUAAAAGUUUCUAUAUUAUAUUAUAUAAUAAAAUUAAUAUAUUUUAUGAAUUAUACAUUUAAAAAUUAAAUUUUUAUUUUUAUUUUCUUUAAAUAGAAAUUUUAUCCUAUAUAUAUGUUAUAGAUUUGACAGACUGUUUUGCUUUAUAGAGAUGUAAAAUAAGAUGUAAAAUAAAAUGUGAUGUACUUUAAGUUUCAUAUGCAACAAAUAAAAUGUGAUAUACUUUAAUUAAAAUAAAAUGUGAUAUACUUAA